UGAUAACCCCUCAGAGCGAGAGGUCAUGGAGGCGGAGUCUCCGGGUUCGGCCUCUGACCUCAAUCGCUCUGACCUCGACCCCAUCUACAUCGGCGGAUUACCGGCCUCUCGACCAAUCAGGAGGCAGGUUGUGGCUCGCUCUUUCGUCGGCUGUAUGAAGAAUGUAGAAAUCGCUCGCACAAACUUCGAUCUGCUCAGAGAGUCGUAUGGAGUGAAGAAAGGCUGCGUCCUCAAGCCGAUCCGCAGUGUGUCGGUGUUCGGCGGAGGUUUUCUGGAGAUGCCUGCCGUCCUCUUGACUCUUCAGACGGAGAUCAUGAGCAGCUUCUCCAGCAGACGAGAGCGAGGAGUGAUCCUGGCGGGAUUCAGCUCACACCGACACACACAGCAGUCGUUCCUCCUGGUGAUGCUGGUGUCUGGAUCGCUGGAGGUUCAUGUGGGCGUGGCUGAGGGCGGAGCCGUGCACAAAGCCGUCGUCAAAUCACAGAACGGCUCCUUCAGUGACGGACAGGAGCAUUCGCUCAUACUGCAGAGGAACAAACG